UAAAUUACCGCUUAUAUAUGCACUGUACAAUAUGAAGAGCACAUGAAGACAUUAAUGUGGGUCACUGGAUGAUCGACUUGAUAAUGUGACGACUGGGUCCAGCACAGCACAGGAAUGGAACAUGACACAGGCAUUAUAUCUGAGGAAAGGGCAGUUUACACCUACAAACUGGUGCUACUGGGAAGCAGUGGUGUGGGAAAAUCCAGCAUAGUUGUCAGGUACUUAAGGGAUGAGUUUCGAGAUACUGACUGCACUACUGGAUGUGCAUUUUUCACACAAAGAGUUUACCACCAGGGACAACCCUUGAACUUUGAGAUUUGGGACACAGCUGGACAGGAGAGGUACCAUAGUGUGUGCCACCUAUACUACCGUGGUGCCAGCGCUGCCUUGCUGGUUUAUGAUAUCACUUCCAAGGAGACAUUUAUGAGGGCUCAGCUAUGGCUUCAGGAGCUACGGAAGUAUGUCUUCAGUGAGGAAAUGGUCAUUGCACUUAUUGGAAAUAAAACUGAUCUAAAUUCACAAAGGAAAGUCUCACGUGAGGAUGCUCAGGCUUUUGCUGAACAGGAAAAACUGCUGUACAUGGAAACAUCCGCAAAGACAGCAGAAGGAGUGAGCCAAGCGUUUGAAGCUGUGGCCAGUCAACUUCUCAUCAUGGAUCACCAUAAACGGGACAAGGCACGCAGAAGGGAUGCAGACUUCUUCAUGCAAGGAGCACAGAACACUGAUGGAAUACACAGAUGCUGCAAUUUCCAGUAGACCAUUAGUCACAAAGGAGAAUCAUUUGUACUAACAUGUUCCAAUCAUCCUGUGUAGCUUGUGGUAUUCAGGUUUAAUGACCCAAUUAAAGAGAAGCCAUUGGUGCCAUGAACGACACAGAUAUUAAUCCCAUUCUUUUUCCUACAUCAGGCCUAUUGUCCUGAGCUGUCAGAUGAGUGAAGAAUAGAAAGAUAAAUUGUAUUUGGUAUUCGUUAUAUUAAACUGGCGCCACAAAGAAAGGUAAUUCAAGAAAAACCUUGAAAUAAAAUAGAUGUCCCUAAUUCUUAAAAAUGCCUAUUGAAUACCUCUAUGCA